CAGUGGCAUGCGUAUUCGCGCGUUGUCUCAGUGAAGCCCGUGCGUGCCUCUCCGACUGUCGCGUCAAGCGCGUCUCUCGCUGUGGGCCACAUCGUUAGCGCCAAGCGCGCCUUUUUCGACUUGUCACAAUAAAAUAAAUAAACCUUUCAUCCUAAACAAUCAAUUCUCAUUGCAAAAAAUUCUGCAGUUCAGUUAAAAAUCAUUCGAAUGGACUUGAUAAAAUUGAAAGUGCAAUCACGAUUUUCGAGUUAAAAAAAACCCGUGCAUCUAUUUAAUUGUCAGUUUGGAGCGGCUUUGAUGAGUCUGUCGACCUUCGCACACAUGUUAGAGUAAACCAUUUGCGAAUGGGAUAUUUUUGGGCAGUGGUUUACGUAAGAGAUUUGUGACAUUCAACCAAAGUACCGAAACUUGAAGUAAGAAAGAUGCUGGCAAAAUUAUUUGAGAUACACGGCAGCUUCUGCGCCGGUCAUCCACUGGAGGUAAUUGUAACGACGUUUACACUGACAGCGUGUAUGCUGAAUUUCGAAACGGGGAAUAAUGCGGCCAGGGAGGGAAGAUUGUCUGGGACAUCUUCGCAUUGUUGGAAUGGCAGAUGCAGUGGAGAUGAUCAGAAUGCUGUGGAUGUCAUUGUGAUGACCAUCAUAAGAUGUCUGGCAGUUCUCUUCAGUUAUCAUCAAUUCCGCAAUCUACAGAAACUUGGUUCUAAAUAUAUUUUGGGUAUCGCUGGGCUGUUCACCGUUUUCUCCAGCGUUGUGUUUACAACGAGUGUCGUUAACUUCAGUCGCAGUGACAUGGCAGAUCUCAAGAAUGCCCUCUUCUUUUUCCUGCUCUUGAUUGACCUCAAUAAAGCUGGGGUGUUAGCCCAGUUAGCACUGAGCUCAAGAAGCCAGGAGGAAGUACGUGCGAAUAUUGCGCGUGGUAUGUCUCUCCUUGGGCCAUCAAUCACCCUGGACACUCUUGUAGAAACCCUGCUGAUAGGCAUCGGAUCACUGUCCGGUGUCAAACGGCUGGAGGUCCUCUGUAGUUUCGCCUGUCUUGGGGUCGUCGUUAAUUACAUCGUCUUCAUGACGUUCUACCCUGCUUGUCUAUCACUGAUACUCGAGCUAUCUCGAGGCAACCAUGGAAUGGGAACACUCAGUGCUGACAAGAUACUGAUGCUUCACUCACUGAAUGAAGAAGACCAGAAACCAAAUCCUGUAGUUGAGCGUGUAAAGUUGAUCAUGAUUGCUGGACUCUUCGUCGUCCAUGCACACAGUCGUUGGCCAUUCAAGCACGGGGAUGGUGAUGACACAGUAGAGGGAACGGCGUCGCCUAUAAACUCCCACAUAAUAAUAAACAAUCACAAUAAAUCAAAAACCCCAGAGGACUUCAAAGAGCACUUGAUGAAUUGGCUGUCAGUGAGUGCUGAUAACAUAGUCAUUCUCAUUCUCCUUCUCGCUCUCGCGUUGAAGUUCAUUUUCAUCGAGGACAAGGGUGAUAUUGCAAAGCAACUGAGAUUCAAGGAGGAAGAGGAGCACGAGGAGAGUCCCGCGCAGGAAGACACGUCCAUGGAGACGUUGCAUGCAUCCUCUCUGGAUAUGUCCAUCAGGCAAAGAUUUGGCCCCAUAAUGCCCAAUAUUCACACACCAGUAUUUCCGUUGUCUGGAAUGGGGGACAAUUGGAUGGUGGUUGGAGAUGAUGCGCAGGUCGAAGUCGAGGAUAAGGAGGUCCAGACUGAUGGCAAACUACUAAGUGGUAAUGGGGUGGAAACUUCUGAGGAGGAGAAAGAACCUAGGAGCAUUGAGGAGUGCCUAGCAAUCUAUCGUUCUCAGCUGGGUGCUGAAGCUCUAACCGACACCGAGGUAAUUCAGCUCGUAAAGAACAAAGACAUCCCCGCCUACCAGCUUGAGAAAGCGGUAGGUGACAUGGAGCGAGGAGUGGGAAUCCGUCGCCUCCUGAUAAUCGAAUCAGGUAAAUUCACCGACGAGCUGAACCACCUUCCCUACAAGAACUACGACUACACGAAGGUCCUGGGUUCCUGCUGUGAGAACGUGAUCGGUUACGUGCCAGUGCCCGUAGGAAUAGCUGGGCCACUCUUGGUUGAUGGCGAGCUCAUUCAGAUUCCAAUGGCAACGACAGAGGGUUGCCUAGUGGCCUCGACAAAUCGUGGCAGCAGAGCGUUGAUAAAAUGUGGUGUGACGAGUCGUGUUGUUGCUGAUGGAAUGACGAGAGGUCCAGUCGUCAGAUUUCCGAACAUCGUGCGUGCGAGUGAGGCGAUGGCUUGGAUGCAGGAUACCACGAAUUUUGCUGAGAUGAAGAGGUGUUUCGAUGAGACAAGUAGAUUCGCACGAUUAACUAAGAUACACGUGAGAAUCGCUGGUAGACAUUUGUUCAUAAGAUUUGUCGCCAAAACUGGUGACGCUAUGGGAAUGAAUAUGCUGUCGAAGGGGACAGAGAAGUCACUGCAGUAUGUCCAGGAAUCAUUCACUGACAUGGAGAUACUGUCGCUCAGUGGUAAUUUCUGCACUGAUAAGAAGCCAGCUGCUGUCAACUGGAUCGAGGGGAGGGGCAAGAGUGUUGUCUGCGAGGCUAUUGUGCCCGCUGAGGUCAUCACGUCUAUUCUGAAGACGUCUGUGCACGCUCUCGUUGAUGUUAAUAUUCAGAAGAAUUUGGUGGGCUCAGGCAUGGCUGGCAGUGUUGGUGGGUUUAAUGCACAUGCUGCCAAUAUUGUUACCGCGAUUUACAUCGCAACGGGACAGGAUCCAGCCCAGAAUGUCGGCAGCAGCAACUGCAUGACCCUCAUGGAACCCUGGGGGGAGGAUGGGAAGGAUCUGUAUAUUUCGUGCACCAUGCCGAGCAUUGAGAUUGGCACUAUUGGAGGGGGCACUGGACUUCCUGCGCAGAGUGCCUGCUUGGCUAUGCUGGGGGUACUGGGGGCUCAUGAGAGCGAUCCUGGGGAGAAUUCUAGCAAACUUGCGAGAAUCGUUUGUGCCACUGUUCUUGCUGGGGAAUUGUCACUCAUGGCUGCACUCACUGCCGGUCAUCUAGUCAAAAGUCAUCUCAGACAUAACAGAUCGUCAACAACAGUUGGCAAACCUGUAAAAUUGACGAGAAAUGAACGUUCACGCUUAACUGUGCCAAAUAUCCUACCAGCCCUUCAAUCCCUUUGCACUGACAAAAGAGACCAAUCCUAGCAUUAAUGAUCCUACAAUAAUAGUGUGCUAUACUAUCUUUUCGUAAAUAGUUACAUUUUUAUUCUGUAAGUUGUGAAUAAUACGUGGGAAAUGCUAAUGAAUUAAUUUUUAAGGAGAAUUAUGGGACUGUCUUAUUUAAAAUUCAAUCGAUGAAUUUCAACGUACGUUAUUCAUUAGUCUAUCGCCAAUUCCUGUGUUAGGCAUUGGUACUAAUAGUGCUGCGUAUUUUUGUUAACAUCAUCGAAUUUAUUUUCUUGUAUGAGAGUUCAUGGGAACUGUAGGAGGAAAAUAUCACAGAAGUGGUCGAGUGAAAGCAAUAGAACGGGAAUUGUUGAAUACCAAAAAUGCUGCCAGAAGAGGGAAGGAAAAAAUUAAGAAGAUUGAGAAUAAAAUCGAGAGAGAUAGGAUUGAAUUUUUGUGCAAUACUAGUUAAUUAUUUUUUAAAUAUUUUCAUUAAAACAAGAGAGAAAAAAAUGUGAGAUUUUUUUUCUGCAAAUCGUCUUGCCUUUAAUGAUGAGUUGAUGAGUGACUUGAUUAAGUUUUAACUUUAUGGAAGACUUUUUCAUUCGACGUAGAUGCAAAAAUUUCUCCGUUAAUCUCUCGUCAGUCCUAUUUCCUUUCGCUCUAGAUAAUUCAGGUUAUAAAGCUAAUUAAGAAUGUAAUUAUGCAGAACAAAUCUAUUUCAAUUUUCAUUAAAUUUGAAUAAAUUCAAUUGAGAAUAUAGGAAAA